ACAGCCAUAAUAUAUAAUUCAAAUCCUUGUUUGGCUUGGCCAACAUAUAUUCUUAUCAUCAAUACAUAAAUACAUAGCCAUCACCAGCUGCCUGCUUCUGCUUCUCUUCCUGUUAAGGUUUUCUUCCCUCUGGGUUUGUCUUUACCUCCAUCUUUAGGCAUCAAUCUCUCACCUCUCUCUCUUUUCCGAGAGAAAGUUCUUUGGAUCUCUGGGAUGGGCAUAAGUGAAGGCAUGGCAGAAGAUCAAACAAUCUCACCGAUUAAUGGUUUCAUUCAUAAUCCGAUCACUACUGGAUCCAGCACUAAUCCAGCAGCAGCUCCGGCUAUCAAGAAGAAGAGAAACCUCCCAGGAACCCCAGAUCCGGAUGCUGAAGUUAUCGCUUUGUCACCGAAGACCCUGAUGGCCACAAAUCGAUUCCUGUGCGAAAUAUGCGGGAAAGGGUUUCAGAGGGACCAGAACCUGCAGCUCCACCGCCGUGGACACAACCUUCCUUGGAAGCUCAAGCAGAGGAGCAGUAAGGAACCCAGGAAACGAGUUUAUGUUUGCCCCGAGAAGUCCUGCGUUCACCACCACCCCUCGAGGGCGCUCGGGGAUCUGACCGGCAUAAAGAAGCACUUUUGCAGGAAGCAUGGCGAGAAGAAGUGGAAGUGCGAGAAGUGCUCUAAGAGGUAUGCCGUGCAGUCAGACUGGAAGGCCCACUCCAAGACUUGUGGCACCAGGGAAUACAGAUGUGAUUGCGGCACCCUAUUUUCCAGGCGAGAUAGCUUCAUUACCCACCGAGCCUUUUGUGACGCCUUAGCGGAAGAAACUGCAAGAGUCAAUGCGGCAUCGAGCAUGUUAAACCCUCCCACCACCGUUGCCUACCCUUUCAUGGGCUCUUCACUGUGCCCCACAUUAAUAUCGUCUCAAAACUUCUCCUCAAUUUUCAAACCAAUCUCAACCAGCGCUGAUCUAACCAACGCUAUGGAACAAACCCGCCCCACAGGUCUCUCUCUGUGGAUGGACCAGCCCCCUUCCCAAGCCCACCAUGAACCAAAUUGGCUGGAUCAAAUUCACCGGCUCAGCUCAUCGAAUGUUCCUCCAUUGAUGAGUUCGUGCUCGAACCCUCCUCCAUUGAAUCAGGGCUAUCAUUUGAGUCAACUCUUGAGCGUUCCUUCCUUAUAUAGCACUCAACAACACAUUGCCCCUCAGGCACCAAACAUGUCUGCCACGGCUUUACUACAAAAGGCCGCACAGAUCGGUGCUGCAACAUCAACUACCACUGGUUCUGAACUUUCUUUCGUAGUAAGUGGACUGGGGUCGAAAUUUGACAGCAAUAGUAUGGGAUCUCAAUUUCAAGACUGUGGUGAUAAUAACAAGUUUUCCGGGUUGUAUGGACCAUCUAAUUCGACACUGACCAGUCUUGGAAGCGAUCAAAGUGUGCUGGAGAGCUCCUCAAAUGGCAUCUGCACUUUGACCACAUUACCCAUUUACCCGCCAGCCAAGCGCCGCAACACACAAAUGGAGGCCAACAGUGCAGGAGGAGGGCAAACUAGGGAUUUCUUGGGUGUUGGUGUCCAUACCAUCUGUAACACUUCAACAAUAAAUGGAUAAAUAUGACAUUGCCCUUCGAUGAAUAAACAGUGAGAUCAUCAUGAAACAGAUGAUGAGAUAUCUGCAUGAUGUGGGCUCCGAUUAGCUUCGCAUCCAAUGUGUUUGUAAUACAUUGGGGUCCACAACAAAACUUUCAGACAUGGAGAGGAAUAUAUAUUAUGCAAGUAUUAAUGUA